AUGGCAUUGAUUUCUGAGCUAUUGGCUAACAUAAUAAUACUCUUGGUGACAAGGCCUUUCUCUCUACUUAAACUAGCAUGCUUAUUUGGUAUCAAAACAGCAAUGAUUGUCAUAUAUACUUGGGUGGAGUUGAUUAGGGCUACAUUUAGCUUCCAUGUAAACAUAAUAUUGAGAAUUAUCACAUGGACAUUUGGGCUUAUCUCCCUACCUGCAAGAGUUUUGAAUGUCUUUCAAAGGGAGAAGCAGCUGGAAGAAAAACUACAACAAAUGCAGAAUGAGCUGGAGAAUCUAGUGUGGGAUCAGAAGGAACUUCAAGAACAUAUCCAAAUGGCUGUCAAAGAGCGUAAAAUGAUGGAGUUACUACUAGCCGAGCUUGAAGAGGAGCAUGAUAUGGCCAUUGCAAAAAUUGAAAAGCUAGAAAGAAAAUUGCGGGAUCAGACUAACGAAAAUCUUCGGCUCAAAGAAAUUCAAGGAAAGGGAUGCUGGAGCUCCAAAGAUCAAAGUAACACUGACAGUGGCAAAAGUAUUGAUGACAGCAACUAUAACAUUCCUCAUCAUAUGUUGUCACUGAAAUCCAAUUACCAUGGAAGUGGAAUUGCCCUUCAAGACUUGCUUAUGCGCAAAGAUAUUUGGGAAGACGAUAGCAAAACAAGAACCGAUUUGCUUAAACUCUUGAAAACUGGACCAAAGUCUGUGCCAGUUAAACCUGAAGUGAUCACAAGAGAUGCAGAAGUGAGUGAAGUUCUCGAUCAUCGUCGAGACAUUGCGCUUUCUCAAUCGCUUUUUAGUGCCAUUAUGUCACUUAUAGUUGGAGUGACUGUGUGGGAAGCUGAAGACCCUUGCAUGCCUCUUGUUGUGGCUCUCUUCACAGUAGUAGGCAUGUCCUUGAAGAGUGUGGUGCAGUUUUUCUCCACCAUUAAGAACAAGCCUGCAUCUGAUGCAGUUGCUCUUUUAAGCUUCAAUUGGUUCAUUCUUGGUACUCUAACAUACCCUACAUUACCAAGGGUUGCACGCAUGUUGGCUCCACUAGUGUUAAGUAUUAUGGAUAAAACUGUGAUCCAGUUUGGUUUCCUUUCCUUAGCUUGA